AUGGCCAGUUCUAGUGUCGCUCUCUCGACUUCGUCCCGUCCCGACAGCCAUGACGACUGCGAUCUUCACCACUCACCCCACGAAGGUUAUUGUUAUAGCCUGACGAAUGCGAGGAAGAUUUGCAAGCUCCGUGCGAAAAUCGAGACUCCGGAUUACCUACCUGCCUGUAAUCUACAUGCCUGGCUGAAGCAGAAGUCUGGCCACUGUCAAGCUGUUGAGGAUUGCGGGCAGCUCUGCAACCGUCUUGGGUCGCACAAUCCUCCGUACCACCUGUGCUUCAAGCACGAUGAAGGUUCAAACACGCUUCCAUGCCACAUUUUGCGUCUACCAACGGAAUUGCGGCUGAUGAUAUUCCGCUAUCUCUUCCCGGAGUAUGUCUCUCACCUCGCCCAUGCUCCCCAACCGAAAGUGGCUAUACUCAAAGUCAAUCGUCAGCUAUAUCAAGAAGCCUCUGCAGUGCUAUAUCAGGAAUCUCGCUUCGAGGCACUCGUGGCUUACGACAGCGUACGUCUACAGGGCAAGCAGUGGUUUCGAUCGCCUUGCAACAAGAAGGAUGACAGGGAUUUUUCCAUUGACUCCAUGCUGUCUCCGAUCAGUGCUCGACGCAUAAAGAACUUGGAGGUUCAAGUCAAAAUUGGUGAGCACUAUCACCGAGCGCCUGCAAGUAUCGACUCACGUGGCGUUACGAAAGAAGACUACCAUCUGUACGCUACACGAGAUAGUGUCCGCAAACUUGUCGGACUCCUUGUUGGCCAGGCGGACACCGCUUUGGAGAAACAGAACGCCCUCAAGCGACUCAAAUUGACUGCAGCUGUGCACCAAGCUGCGUCGUGGGAGCCUGAAGAAACUGUUUUCGCAAUCUUCGUUGUCUUGGAACGUUUUAGUGCUCUACGCGGCAUCGAGAAUGCAGAACUGAUGGUUGAAGCUAUUGGUCAGUCCUGGGCAACAACGGCCGAUAAAUCCGCAGAAUUUACCGAUAAACUACUGAAUAAGAAGACAUUUAUUCAGCUCAGAAACAGAUGGGUCAAGACGGUGCAAAAACCGGGGCCAAGUGUACCCAUGGCGAAGUGGAAGGACCCUGCGCUUGCGACUGCUUAUCGUAAGAUUGAAGAGUUCGCACAGCUCAUGCACAAUCGAGAGGCACAAGGUGAGAGACCAUGGCCAAUGGGCGCCUUCUACGACAUCAGGCGGCCAUUACAUCUUGCGCGAGUGGCCUAUGAGCGUGACGAUAUGGAUGCUCUCAAGAGCAUUCGUGAAGCUAUCACGAUCCGUUGGGUCAAUGCACAACGCCAUCAGCAACAGUCUCUCCAACUCAUGGCCGAUAGUAUCGAUCGCAUGUGGGACGGUGAUGUAGAUGAAGAUGACGAAGCGACUUCCAUGAAACCCUCUGUUCUUUACCGGGAUGCCUUUGAAUUUGGCACGGAAGAGCCGAUUGCCCAAACGCGCAAGACAAGUGCACUCUGGGAAGAGCUCGAUGCCACGGACUGGGCACCAAAAAUUGGAUCACCAGGCAUCAAUGUCAUGACCAAAGGGGUGUUGGUCAGGAUUGAACAAAAGGCUCGCAAUCUGCAGUGGAUUCGAUUGAGGACCCCUGCUAUCAUACGUCAGAUCUGGGCAGCGCAAAAGGCCCUGGAGGCAUGA